AUGUACCUGAUCACUGUGUUGGGAAACCUGCUCAUCGUCCUGGCCGUCAGCUCAGACUCCCACCUCCACACACCCAUGUACUUCUUCCUCUCCAACCUGUCCUUGGUAGACAUCUGUUUCACCUCCACCACCAUCCCAAAGAUGCUGUGGAACAUCCAGACACAGAGCAAAGUCAUCACCUAUGUAGGCUGCAUCACACAGAUGUAUUUUCUCACACUCUUUGGAGGUUGGGACAACUUCCUUCUAACUGUGAUGGCCUAUGACAGGUAUGUGGCCAUCUGCCACCCCCUGCACUACACAGUCAUCAUGAACCCUCGGCUCUGUGGACUGCUGGUUCUGGUGUCCUGGAUCAUUAUUGUCUCCUUAUUUUAUUGUACAGUCCUGGCAGUGUACCUCAGCUCUGCUCCUACCCGCACCUCACAGUCAAGUGCAAUCACCUCAGUGAUGUACACCGUGGUCACACCUAUGCUGAACCCAUUCAUCUACAGCCUCAGGAACAAAGACAUAAAGAUGGCUCUGAAUAACUUCUUGGGGAUGGCUGGUAUAAAAGGGACAAUUGUUUUGGGGCUGAAAAGGUGCCUUUGAUUGCAUGG